CCCACAUCGCAUAGCCGAUCGGUCAUAAGUCAAGUCGUCUCUGUCCGGCAAAGCUAUCUAUACACGCCCCCAUCAUGAACUAGGCCAUGCACUAGAGCCCCUCUCCCUUCCCCCUUCCCCUACUACCACUGUCACUAUCCCUCACUGCACAGAGCACCCCCCACAGCACCCCUUGUCCACCGUCUUGGGGUCCGUCAUCCGGUUGAUGGCCUCAUGCUCAGUCACCUUCUUGCCGUCGCUGCUCACCAGCUGCAGGUCAUAAUCCACACACUGGCCGUUGCCGCCUGCUGAGGUGCUCAUCGUGUCGAUGAAGGCGCUCAGCAGGCCGUAGUUGCGGUCUUGCACCCAGCCGAAGUGGUCGAAGGAGUAGUGGCCCGGCAGCCGGGCUGACAGCUCACGGGCGAGGGUGGGGGCGGCUGCCUGAUACCUGACGACGGUUUACAAAGACGCAUCAGCAGACACAUGCAGCCAUCCGUCUCUCUCUCUCUCUCUCUCUCUGUCAGGGCGCACCAUGGCAGCCUCUUGUUAGCAAUUGCCGAUGAGGUCAUCUGCUUGAGCCUGGCGGAUGCUGGCCUGGUGGACCCCCUUGACACGCCGACGGUUGUGUCGACUAUCUCGGUCAUGCCGCCCUCGUGCACAUCGCCGCCCACAAUCGUCACCUCUCGAUGGCCGUCGGGCCGAUUUCGCCGCCAUGCGAAGAGCAGCUUCACACACAAAUAAGCACACAGAAGGAACGUCAUGUGAGCAAAAAGUGACUGGAUGUGUGUUUGUGUGUGUGAUAGGAGGGUUGGGGGGGUGGGUGUGUUGCUUACUUUAAGGAAUUCUUCGGUCUCUUUGAGAUGGUCUGUGGCCGUCCAGCUCCCAUUGAGGUCGUUCACCACUGCACGAGCCAUGGCGACAGCACACAAAGCCCAGCAUUAUGUCAUCUGCUGCCUGUCUGCCCUCCCUCUCUCUCUCCCUCUCUCUCCUUGUGUGUGUGUGUGUGUGUGUGUGUGUGGACAGCCCACCUUUGACGGCGAGCUGGUUGACAGUGUGUGAGAGGUAGGCCACAGGCACCGAGGCCAACACCAGCACGAACCGACACCCAUCGAACGUACCACCCUCACCCAGCGCCUCACGAAGGGCAUCCCACUGGGCCGCACCCUACACACACCCCACGCGAAAGAAUAUGAGAAACACUCAGUGUGUGUACGCUGCCGUUCUCUGUCCAUCCAUCCAUCCCUCCCGACUCACCAUGUGUGGCAAGUCUUUGUCGGUUUUGUCAUUCCAAUGGAAUGUCUUGCACGCACGCAAAUCGAGAAACAGGAAACCCACCUCACCUAUCCAACCACACAGAGAGAGAGAAAGAGAGAGAGAGAGAAGUAGAGAGGCAUACAUGGGAAGAUGAGAGCUGUGCCUCCCCUUUUCUCACCGAAUGAGUGGAAGUGGUAUGCGCAGUGAGGUGCCGGUUGUGGCGGCAGCAUUGGGGGGUAGUUGGGCAUGGGCACUUCAUGCAGCGUGAAGUCCUCAUACAACUGCCGCUGGUACUCGUUGUAGCACUGAUACGCCGCCAUGGCCACAUAGUGGUCGGGGUUCUUGGGGUCUCUGUGCUCGUCGGUGUCGCCCCAGUCGUCCCUUAUCUCAUGGUCAUCCUGACCAUUCACAGAGAGAGAGAGAGAGAGAUGCAUCCACACACGAGUAGUGGUGGUGGUGGUGGUGGUUACGAGAAUCAUGAGGUUGGGGAUGUUGGCCAGCACGCGUCUGGUGGGGGGGUGGCCCCAUGUGAGGCGGUACACGUCACGGAAGAUCUCACACAUGUUCUCGUACUCGUUCACCUGCACACACAUGUACCGAAUGCGCCCAGAGGCUCACUCGUGUGUCCCUCCCUCCCUCCCUCCCUCUCACCCAUUGAUCUCUGGGUUUAUCCUCGAUGAGCUUCUUGGCCACGGCGAACCUGCACUCGUCAUCAGGACCCUGGAAGUCACGCUUGUGUCCCUCAAUCAGAUACAAAUCGCUGUCGGCGUAGAUAUUGUCACCUACGACAACAGCACCAUGCACGAGCAUCCACCCAUCCAUCAAUCCAGCAAUGGGUGUGUGCGUCAUCCUGGCGACUGAGUCUGACCGAUGUGCAGCAGGUAGUCAACGGACCGCUCCUUGACCCGCUGCUCGAGGUCUCCCCAGAGGUCGCCACUCGGCUCCACAUCCUUGUGUGUCGUCCAUAUCUACACACACACACAGACACACACACUCUCUCUCUUUUACGUGUGUGUCUGUGUGUUCCAUCCACAUCAGCCCGCCAACCUUGUUGCAUGAGACCACAGCAAUCCUGGGCGGCCUUGCUUCGAGCGUCCACACGGUGGGCAGCGUGGUGAAGGAGCAGGACAGCGGCUCCUUGGUGUUGGUGGGCGCGUCGAAAGCCACCGAAUAGUGGGUGCCUGCACACACACACACACACACACACACGGGGCCCACGGUUGUGUGUGUGGUGUGCAGAUGUGUCAUUGCUGCGCACAUGGUGUCAGGCCGGUGAAGACAAACACGCCGGGCCUGCCAGCCGUGAAUGUCUUGGUGCGUGAGACCCCUCCAUGCUCAGCCGUCGACAGAGAGCACGUCACAGCCAUGGAACUCUCGACCUCUAUCAAGAUCCUGCGCGCAUCCGACACCAGAGACUCGCAUGGGCGUGCAAUGUGGGUGCUUGGCAGACACCGCCGCUCGGGGGAUAUCUUACCUUGCAGACGUGCCGGUCACUUUGCCAAUCACCGGGCCGAGAACAAUCAUUCCGGCGCAGCACGAGUCACAGAUAUGGUACUUUUGUCAAACGUCCAGCCGCUGCGCUGCCCAAAUUUCAAGGAUC